GGCGGCGGCAGUCGGUGGUGAGGGGAGGGCGGCUGAGGAGGGAGCUGAGAGGAGUCCUGGCCAUGGCAGUGCAGGACCCCCGGCCCAACCACACCAUCUACAUCAACAACCUGAACGAGAAGAUCAAGAAGGAUGAGCUGAAGAAGUCCCUCUACGCCAUUUUCUCGCAGUUUGGGCAGAUUUUGGACAUUUUGGUGUCGCGCAGUCUUCGCAUGCGGGGCCAGGCCUUUGUCAUCUUCAAGGAGAUGAGCAGUGCCACCAAUGCCCUGCGCUCCAUGCAGGGCUUCCCCUUCUACGACAAACCCAUGCGGAUCCAGUACGCCAAGACGGACUCGGACAUCAUCGCCAAGAUGAAGGGAACGUUCGUGGAGCGGGAGCGGGAUCGGGACCGGGAGCGCAAACGGGACAAGCGCAAAGCCAAGGGGGGAGAAGCCCCUGGCCCCAAAAAGAGCGGGGCUGGAGCGCAGGGGGCGACACAGGGGGCAGUGCCCGGGAUGCCACCACUGGCGCAGCCGCCCCGGAUGCUGCCGCACCUGGGGGGACAACCACCCUACAUCCCCCCCCCGGGCAUGAUUCCAGCCCCAGGAAUGGCCCCAAAUCCCGGAAUUCCCCCGGGAAUGGCCCCACAGCCUGGAAUGGCGCCGAUCCCUACCCCACAGCCCCUGUCGGAAAACCCCCCGAACCACAUCCUGUUCCUGACCAACCUCCCUGAGGAGACCAACGAGCUGAUGCUCUCCAUGCUCUUCAACCAGUUCCCAGGGUUCAAGGAGGUGCGCCUGGUGCCCGGGCGCCACGACAUCGCUUUCGUGGAGUUCGACACAGAGGUGCAGGCGGGCGCUGCCCGUGAGGCCCUGCAGGGCUUCAAGAUCACCCAGAGCAACGCCAUGAAGAUCUCUUUUGCCAAAAAGUGACCCAAAACACCCCAAACCCCACCAAAACACCCCUAACCCCCCCCCAAAAAAAGGCCUGAAAUACCCAAGAUCCAAAAAAGCGCCUCAAAACCGCCCCUAAAUACCCAAAACCUGCCCCAAAACACCUUAAAAUCCUUCCAAGCCACCCCCAAAAUCCCAUAGAAACACCCUAAAAUCCCUCAAAACCACCCCAGAAUACCCUAAAUCCCAUAAAACUGCUCCCAAAUCCCAGAAAAAUACUCCAAAAUCCCAGAAAACUGCCCCAGAAAUGGUCCUGGCCCUGCUCCAAACACCCCCACACCCCCACUCCCCCAGGUAAGUUCAGCUUGGCCCAAAUCUUCCUUUUUUUAAACCCAAAUCCUCCUUUUUCCCACUUCAAAUUUUUUUUUUUCCAGCCCAAAUCCUUUGUGGGUUCCCAAAUCCCUUUUCCCAUCCCAAAAUCUCCCUUUUCCACCUCAAUUCCCCACCCCAAAUCUUGUUUUUUUCACCCGAAAUCCUUUUUUUUUCACCCCAAAUCUCCUUUAUCUACCCCAAAUAACCCUUUUCCACCCCAAAUCCUUCCCUGCCCACCCUAAAUCCCCUUUUCCCACCCAAAAUCUCCUUUUUUAACCCCAAAUCCUCUUUUCCCACCCCAAGUGCUUCCCUGCCCACCCUAAAUCCUCUUUUUCCACCCAAAAUCUUUCUGCAUCCUAAAUCCCUCAUUUUCUACCCCAAUCCCCCUUUUCUCCUCCCCACCCUAAAUCCCCCUUCCCCCACCCAAAAUUCCUUUUUUACCCCAAAAUCUCCUUUUUUCAUCUUAAAUCCUUCUUUUUCAACCCCACAUCCCCUUCUUCCACCCUGGAUCCCCAUCCCAAAUCCACUAUCUCAGCCCCCCGGGGGCUUUUGGGGUUCCUGAGGAGUUUUUGGGGGUUUUUCCCAGCAUUGUACCCAGGGUCUCUCUGUAGACAUUGCACCUGGAGCUGCCCCCAUCCCAGAUAAGCCCAAAUCCCCUUUUCCCACUCCCCCACAGGUUUCUGGGGUUCCCAAGGGGUUUUUGGGGUCUUUGCCAGCAUUGUACCCAGGGUCUCUCUGCAGACAUUGCACCUGGAGCUUUCCCAAAUAAACCCCACUGUGCCCCCCA